AUGCCCCCUCCUAACCACUCCAAGCAUAUUGAAUCCCUGGAGGCUCAAGUUCAAUCGUUACUCGCUGCUCUCAAUGCUCACAAUGCUCAGGAAUCACCCAUUGGCAACACCUCAGCCCAACAAGGGUUCUGUUCCAAAGAACCAGAGGCCUUUGAUGGCGAGCAAGGUCACCUGGAGCCAUUCUUAGCCCAGGUUGAAGUGUUUCUAUGGCUCAACCAUGGAUGCUUCAUCAACAACUCCGACCAGAUCCUCUGGUUGUCCACACUCUUGUGCAGAGUUGCUCACCAGUGGUUCUACCCUCACCUUAGCGCCAUCAACCCUCCUGCCUGGCUCUCCAACUACUCCUUAUUUGUCAACCAACUAUGCAUCAUCUUUGGGGACCCAGGUUGUAUUGCCACUGCCAAGUGGGAGAUCAAGGUUCUAUCCCAGACCACAUUGGUAGCAAACUACCUCACCCACUUCCAUUGGCUGCAAAUGACCCUUAAUUGGGGUGAAGACACAAUGACUUGGUUCUUCUAUCAAGGACUCAAGGAGAAUGUCAAGGACAACCUCAGAUGCUCUGGCAAACCAACUGAGCUAGAAGCCCUCAUCCAGAGAUCCCUCAAGAUCGACAACCAUAUUGCUGAGCAGAUCUAUGAGAAAAAGAGGCUUGUGCAUCUACUGCACUCCUUCAGAGCACAUCAUCAUGGACUGUCCUGUUAUCAAGUUAAAAAAUUAAUGGGCUUGUCAAAAACAGCUGCCUUAGCACCACAAGCCCAAAUUGCUAAGCACCAACUGACAGCACUUACUCCUGUAGAUGCACAACCUCCCAACAAUCAAUACCUGUCUACAUCCCUUUGCUUCCUGUCACAUCCCUCUUUGCCAGCACAUGAUGUCAUGAUUGACUCUGGUGCCACCACCAACUUCAUAGACUUACACUUUGCCACUCUCCAUUCCUUGCCCCUGACCUUGAAGCCACUCACUGAGACCCUCUGGCUCGCAGAAGGCAAAACCCAAGUCACCAUCAGCAAGGAAGUGCAACUUCCCUGCCUUGUCGCAGAGCUCUUCUCCUCUGACAUCACCUUCCAAGUCACCAAUCUUGGUCCUUGCCCCAUUAUCUUGGGGCUGCUGUGGCUCAAAAGAGUCAAUCCCAAGAUAGAUUGGCAAACCGGUGGUAUCACCACACAGAGCCCUACCCCACCUCCUUCGCAGUUGGCACCAUCUGCAUCACUCGAUAUCGGUGUUAUCGAUGCCACGGCCUCCCACAAGUCUCACCAAUCUCACUGUAUCACCUCAGGUAUGCUCCACCCUUCUGAUAGUCAGCCACAGCACUUUCUCACCACCACUACAACAUCCUCUGUUGCCACAAUGGCUCUCACUUAUGAUACUGGCCUUUCCAAUAUCAUCCCCCCAGAAUACCACCAGUAUCUCGACAUCUUCAGCAAAACUGAAGCCAACAAACUACUGCUUCAUUGCACAUAUGAUCAUCAAAUUCCACUGGAGGAAGGUAAAUCUCCACCCUUCAGACCCAUCUAUAGCCUCUCAGAACAUGAGCUCAAGACUCUCUUGGAGUACCUGGAAGAGAACCUUGCCAAAGGAUUCAUAUCUCCAUCAGACUUGCCAGCUGCCUCACCCAUCCUCUUUGUUAAAAAGAAGGAUGGUUCCCCCUGCCUUUGUGUUGACUAUCAUGGGCUCAACCAGAUCAUGAUUUGA